AUGAGUGAUGAGAAUGAAAAAAAGAGUUUGUAUGUAAAAGAGAGAGAAGUCAGGAAAUCGAUGUUGUUAAAACAACCAUUAUUGGUUUUUUUGUACAAGAAAAGUCUACUUGGUACUAACGAAUUUGAUGACAAGUUACCCUCUUUUGUUUUGUCUGUGUUGCAGGAAUUUAGAGACGUAUUCUCGGAAGAAAUUUCGAGUGGGUUACCACCUAUUCAUAGAAUUGAGCAUCAAAUAGACUUUGUACCGGGAGCCGCGAUUCCAAACCGUCCUGCUUACCGGAGCAAUCCUGAAGAGACGAAAGAACUUCAAAAACAAGUGAAUGAACUUCUUGAGAAGGGCUAUGUGUGUGAAAGCCUUAGUCCCUGCGCCGUUUGUGUUUUGUUAGUUUCUAAGAAGGAUGGAACGUGGAGAAUGUGCCUAGACUGCCGCGCCAUAAAUAAGAUAAUCAUCAAGUAUCGACAUCCUAUACCGCGAUUGGAUGCAUUGCCGAAUUUUGAUAAAACUUUCGAGUUAGAAUGUGAUGCAUCAGAUUUAGGUAUUGGAGCCGUGUUGAUGCAAGAUGGAUGCCCUAUCACGUAUUUUAGUGAGAAACUUAAUGGCGCCAUAGUAAACUAUCCAACGUACGACAAUGAGCUAUAUUCGUUGAUUCGAGCUUUGGAAACGUGGCAGCACUAUCUCUGGCCCAAAGAAUUUGUAAUCCACACCGAUCACGAAUCUUUGAAGUAUUUAAAAGGGCAACAUAAGCUGAACAAGCGACACGCUAAGUGGGUAGAAUUUCUUGAAUCUUUUCCUUACGUCAUAAAAUAUAAAAAAGGUAAAGAAAAUGUAGUGACUGAUGCACUAUCUCGGAGGUAUGCUUUAUUAAAUGUUUUGGAUGCUAAAUUGAUGGGGUUUGUAUUUCUUAAAGAUUUAUAUGCCGAUGAUGCUGCCUUUGGUGAAUUUUUCAGGUUAUGUGAAAAGGGAGCAUAUGAGAAAUACUAUCGACAUGAUGGAUACUUAUUCCGAGAAGGAAAACUUUGCAUACCACAAGGAUCCGUUUGGGAAGUGUUGAUCGAAGAAGCGCAUAGUGGUGGGUUGAUGGGGCACUUCGGAGUUGCCAAGACUUUAGCCACACUCAACGAACACUUCUUUUGGCCCAAAAUGCGACGAGACGUUGAACGGUUUUGCAAUCGUUGCAUUGCCUGCAAACGGGCUAAGUCUCGAAUUAAGCCCCACGGCGAGCUUACAUCAGUUAUUAUCCUCUCUAGAGAUAUGACAUAG